AUGGAGGAAACCCAGUGUGAAAUCCCCGCCAGUCUGGACCGCUUCGCAGAGCUCCUCCGCGGUACGAAUCUGAGCGAAGGGCCUCCAUUCGAAGGUUUCGCCGAGGAGGAGCAAACGCUGUUUAGCUGGAUCACAGUGCAAAAGCGCGCCGCUUCUGUUACGAGGAAGUUUGCGGACUCGUUUCUGGCCGUCGUAAACGAGGGUGCGAAAGCGUGGUGGAAGAGCGACCCGCAAAACCCGGAAGUGUUCCGCAUGGACUGCGUGAGGCACUCUGUGAUGAUCAGCAGGGAGUUUACGGAGGACAUGCGCGCGCAGGGGAGCCCGUUCGCCACAGACUUCGCUGAUGGGCUGCAGAAGCUUGGGGCCUCCCAAGAUGAUGUAUUGUGGCGGUGGGCUUUCGAGUUUGGGACCCUUAGAACCAGUCCUUUUAGCUACAAAUCGUGCACCGGCCUCGUGAAAGUGCUGGUUUACUUGGAGGCACUCCAUCGGGAACGCGAGAGGGAGCUGCAAUUCUUGCAAAGCAAGGAAGACCUGGAUUUCAAUGCAAAGCAGAGGCUGGAGUCGCUCCGAAAGAUGGUCGAACCGGGCGGGUACGGUCCCCCGCCGGAGUGGGAGGCAAUCCUCGCGGCCCAUUCGACGGGCGAGAAGCCGUCGAAGGCUGAUGCGGACAAGGAAGGGAAAGGGGCGGUUCGGCCUGGCACGGCCCUCGGCGGCUACGAUUGCUCCACGUGUCUGACCCACUUCUCGACCAAGCAAGCGUACGUUGGGCACUUCAGAAACACCGGGUGCAAGAAGCGGAAGCACGUGGUCGACCUUUCCGGUGACUCCGCUGCCAACGGCGAGGACACGGCGGAACGCGCGGUGCGACGGAAGAAGACUCGACACGCGGCCACGAGCGCGGCCGCGAGCGGCUCCCGCGGCGGUGGCGACGCGGGGGACAAAUGCAGGCGCCGGAGUGAUGUACCCGAAGAGGAGCUCGGAUCGAAGUCGGACGCCCAGAAUGCGGACGGAAAUGACGUGGCGCAAGAAGAGAGGACGGACGGUGUGAGGGACGAACGAAGUCCAGAUGCGGAGGCUCGAGACGCGGGGGCGGGCGCUGGGGAGGGUUCGGAGGGUUUGGAAAGAAGUUCUGAGACCGAAGGCCGCGGAUGCGGCACGGCGGAAGCACAAGGUGCCGAGGGGUCAAUGGGUUUAGCAGAUGAAGAGGGAGUGGAGGGCGGGAAGACUUGCGCAGAUGGUGAGGAGGAUUUGGAGGGUUUGAGAUUUGCGAAGGAAGAUCUGAAGACGGGAGCAUCUGCAUUGGCCAAGAUUAUGGGGAAGUUUACUGGGCAGGCGGCUAAAAUGCUUGUACAGGAACUUUAG